UUUGUGAUGGCAGCCCUGGUUGUAUACUUUAUUAGUUAUUACUUUUCGCCUUUUCGGCUUACAUUUGGAUCUGUCAUGUGCUGUAUCCUUUGACAUUGGUUAUUUUCUAUGUAAAAACGAGUAGAAUGGCUGUUCAAAAGAAGUCAGUAAAAGUUCAUCAAUUAAGAAAAGAACUAACUACAGAGUUAAAUUCCUUAAAAAACAUAUUUUCUGUAUUGUCCAUUCCAUUGCCUAGAAAAGAUGAAGAUGAAAGCCAAAUGGAUAUAGAAAUAACAAAUGAAACAAACAAUUAUGAUGAAAAGAAGCUACCACAUAGAGCUCGAAGUAUUAUAGAGCUAGAAGAAAAACUAGAUAAAAUAAAAUCACAAAACAAUUAUAACCUCAAAAGUAAAUUAGCAAAAAAGAGUCUCAACAGUAAAUUGAAUAAGAAAAUCAAAAAAAGGGAACGAGUGAAAUUAAAUCCAAAUAAAAUAAAAAAUAUGGCAGCAAAUAUGGAAAAUAAAGAAGUAAAAGUAAAACCUAAUGCCAAUAUUGCAAAACCUAUUUUUAACAAUGAAGGGAAGUUGGUAUUUUCUAAGUUUGACUUUGCUAAGCUAGGGGAGAAGGAUAGAGGUAUGAAAUCAAAAAAGGAUCCAAAGAAAAUCUUAAAUGAAUUGCAGCAACAGGAGGAAAAGUUUCAAAAAAUAGCAGAAAUAGACAGCAGCAAGGCUAAAGAGUUAAAAGAGAAAGUGGCAUGGAAAAAUAUCCUUCAAAAGGCGGAGGGUGAAAAAGUAAAAGAUGAUCCAACUCUAUUAAAAAAGUCUAUAAAGAAAAUGGAAAAAAAAAAGAAGAUUAGUAAAAAGAAGUGGGAAGGUCGAAUUCAAAGUGUAGAGAAGAAGAAACAGGAUCGACAACAGAAGCGGAAAGAAAACAUUAGUAAGAAGAAAAAAGAAAAGAAAUCGAAAAUAGUGAAAGCUGCGGUCAAGAGAGGUCGAGUUGUAAUUUAAUUAUUCUUUCAAUAAAUUUAACAUUUGAUUUAA